AUGUGGCUCUCCUUUCUGACCACCCUUGCGCGACUUUCGGACAGUGAUGAAUUGGUGCAGCGCGAAGCAGAUGCAAACGCGACACGAAACGAUGAAACGCCUGUGGGUGCCAGGACACACGACACUGUGUCGACAAAGGAGCUUGACAAAAUCGGCAAUUAUGUUCAGGCGCAGGGAUUGCAGGAUUUGUUCGACAAGAGUUGGCCGUGGUGGAAGCAGAACUGCAACAAGUGUUGUAGCCCCGCCUCUUCUGGAAGACUUAGAGUUCGGCUUCGGUUUCGCGAGGAAGCGAAGGUACAUCGAGCAGCAGUUCGCGCGAAACAGCAAGCCCUCGCUGACCAGUCGAUCCUGAUGGAGCCAGGAGAUCACCACUACAAGCGUUUCGUGUUCCGAAAGCCACGACCCGAGGAGUACGAUCUACUUAUUCAGCAAGUAAAAAGCGCAGCCGCGCCCGGUCGAGUGCUUGAAGCGAUGCCGUCUCGGCACGGUGACAGUCUUGUCAUCUCCGUGCGAGCCCCGCGCGCACAGCUCCUCAAUGUCACGGAAAUGCACUUUCGCGUGGAGCGCAAGCCGUCUGCGCGCAGCGCCAUCGCUCUACGGGAGAGCGACCCUUUCGUAAGCUCGGCCGAUUUGUAUCGGGAACGCCAAGUCCUGCGCGAAACCGUGCGGGCUAACCCGGUAACCAUCAUUGACUCGGAGACGGGAUCGGGGAAAACGUCUUUGGUGCCGCUUCUGCUAGCCGCUGAGGAAGGUCAAGGGGAGCUACGUCGCGUUCUUUGCACCCAGGUUUACAAAUUGUGUAACAAGCUAUGGCUCUUGUCCCAAGUGGCAAUGGUCUCUUGCUUUUUUUGAAGGCUAAACUCGCCGGAGCUGUUGCAUUUAUGUUUUUCUUUUUUGUGUACGUCUACGUGUACAAGAAAUGCAAGACCAAGUAGAUAACUCUAUAAGUACACCACGAAUGCCAGGUUCGCCGAAUUGCUACGGAGUCGGCAGCGCUCCGCGCAGUAGAUCUUACGCACUCCGCCGAACUAGGUCGGGACAUUGGAUAUCAGAUCGGCGGGAAGAGUCUCGUCGGUAGAGGAACAUCGAUCGUCUAUUGUAUUGACGCCAUUGCCAUGAUGACGGCCCUGCAGGACGGGUGCACACUGGGCUACACGCACGUGAUUGUGGACGAAGUUCACACUAGAACACACUACACCGAUCUGUUGCUCGCCGCACUGAAGCACUUUCACCUUUGCAAGAGCCCGCACCUCCGCAUCGUCAUUAUGUCGGCCAGUGCAGACACGGGGCGGAUGGCAGCGUACUUUCAAACAACCACGGGAAAGCCCGCGGCAAUUUUUCGCUCAUCUUCAGGCCAACGAUUCCCGAUCGAAGAGAGAUACUUGGACGAUAUCCGCAACGGGACAAAGGCAGACGGCGAUCCUGGAAGGCAACUGUAUUCGGCGUCGGUGCACAAUGUGGGUGCAAAACUCCCACCGUUUUGGUAUUUUCUGGAAUGGGUAGACAGACUUCUUGCAAAGAAGGUGAUCAAGAAAAACUCUCGGGUCCUAGUUUUCCUUCCCGGGCGACGCGAGAUCGACGAGUGCGCGCACUUCCUGCGAUUUUUGAACGGCACGCACGUCGCAACACUGUUUGGCGGGGUCCCAGUGGAGCAGCAACACGAGAUCAUCCGAGACUUGCCGACAAACGCGCCCGCUUUCAUACUCGCGACCGACGUGGUCGAGACGAGCGUGACCAUCGCAGACUGCGAUCAUGUGAUCGAUUUUUGCCGACACAAGCGGCUCCGCGAACAACCGGGGUCGGUGCAGCCGCAGCUCACCCUGGAACUGAUCGCGCAGGCCGAGGCCAAGCAGCGGAAGGGCCGCACCGGUCGGACCACGCCCGGUACCGUGCACCGUCUGGUGACGAAGGCGCAGUGGGAACGGCUACUGGAGUUCCCGGAGCCAGAGAUUCAGUCUAUGCGCGUCGCGGACGUCCUGCUGAUGCUGCAAGACCUUCUUCCCAACUCGCUGGAUCCGCGCACUUUCCUCACCGAUUCGCAGUAUCUUUUGAGUCCGAUCAACAAGAAGGGCGUCGACCAAGGCUAUCAGGCUUUGGAAGAGGCGGGCGCGUUUUUGCUGUCCAAGACCGGAAGCCGGCGUGGCGUCUCAUCGCUUGGGCGGCUGAUGACGGAACUCUACACGGACAUCGAGUAUGUGCAGCUCGUCGUGAAUGGCCUGCACUUCGGUCUCGUCGCCGACGCGGUCCUCCUCGCCGCGGUGUUGCGUCACGGGAGUCCUUUUCUCGAGGACAGCAUCAUCGAAGCACCGGCCGAGCGGGUCCGCCUCAUCCACCUAAAGCGCGCCUGCUGCGCAUUCUCGAGUGACGUUCUGCACCGCUGGGGCGCGGUGAAAGCCUGGCGGCAGUACAAUCUCGAGCGGUGGCGGUGGCGAAACGAGCGAUCUCGUUUCGAGCAAACAAACUCACGGUCACUCCCCAGCAAAACUCAAGUAGAAGCACCAUCGGCAACGACAGGACCGCCGAAUCUGCCGUCUCGGAAACAUACUACGCAAGAGCAGCACAACUCAGCGAGUCUUUUCGCAGCGGCAAGGAACAACCCAGGCUCCCGAACAGCAACUGGAGUGGGAGACCAGAUGCCGUCGAAGCCUGCGCUGGAGUUUCAAAUACCCAAGACGCACACCACUUCCUACCGUGAGUGUCCCCUUCCCAGCUUCACAGACGCAGACUUAGCCGAGGAACUUGCCUGGUGUCGACUGCAUUCAAUCGACAACUCCAAGAUGCGCGAAAUCGAGGACACGGCGCGUCAGUUCUACGAUGCUCUUAUUAAGGUUGGAUUUAUCUCCGAGGCCGAUUUUGAGGAGAUGUUCGGGAAGCCGAAUGUGCGAGCGGCUCUGCAGAAACGCAGUGCGAAGGGUCAGCGUGUACUCCAACGCACCGGCCAGCAACUCACCCAGCAGCACCAAGACAUGCUACGAUUUGUCAGAAGACAAGGAAGGACUGCAGCCGAAACGAUACCCAUCGACGACCCAUACACGGCGAUAUUCAUCGGGCACCCGCUGGCAAAAAUUGCGCGAACGGGAUGUAGCGAAAACAGCAUCUUCCAGUCUAGUUUCUCGCUCCUGCGCAAACGUGCUUGCAUAGAAGAGCGCACUCGUCUAGGCAGCACCUCCGGCAGAGAAGACGCAACAUGGAAACGCGUUCAAUCACUACAAAACCACGAAAAACUUUUGCUGUGGCUCCUGGCUUCCAGUUAUUUGCCAAAUCUGCUCGGCUCGCAGGGAAGCCGCAACAAUCGCGAGGUGACAUUCGAGCUGCGCAAGCAGGCGCGCCGUGGAGAGUACCAGCAAAGGCACGCAGAAGAGCAGUUGGUGCAUGUUUUGCGCGCCGCAAAUCUCAGUGUCGCGGAAAAUCUGGGGGAGGGCACCGUCCGGUUCGUGGACUCGGAGACGACGCACACGGCGCGACAGUUCCGAGAUACGAAGGUUUUCACGCGCGUGGAAGUCGACACCAGUGUGAAAAGCAAGAGACAAUGCUACCCGGGCGAGGUGAUCCUCGGUCACGACACCUGUUGCGAACUCUCCGGAGAGCAGCUCCUGAUUGCCGCAGUGAUGAUUCCUGUUGCUGGUGGGCGAUUUUUGGCUCGGGAGCUCUCGGCCCUGCCACACGCCGACAUGGCAAACGCACUGGUAGCCGCCAUGCACCCAGCAUUUGGUGAUGCCUCUUCUGCAUUUGUGUCGUUCAAGGGCGUUUCCGAAACAAUCAUGUGCGAUGUCACACUGUUUACCCCCGCAGCGAAGCUUCGGAAGAGCCUUCAGGGGCACGCAAAUCUGGCCGAGCGAAACCUGUCCGCUGCAACCGUGACCGAAAGAAGGGCUCUGGUGCUGGAAAUCUGGCAGGAGUGUGAGGCACGGCAGAAGCGCGCACAGCUGAAACCGCAGACAGUGACUCGCUGCAUUACCGUGCCAGCUGGCAAGAAAGGGUUUGUCAUCGGAAAGGGAGGGGCAAAUCUGCGUUCCAUCCAAGACCUCAGCGGCGCCAGAGUCAAAAUGCCACCGAAAGGCGAUCCCUCGGAAAACGUCAUGGUGUCAGGAACGUCCACACAGGUCGACGAGGCGAUAAGGCUGAUCGAGAACAAACUGUAAAAACAAAAAGAUUUACGUUUAAGUCUACCGGCGACGUCAGUCGGGCAGGAAACUGAAUCACCCCCGUUGAAUAUUUCAGGUUACGGAACACACGAAACGCAUACUUUUUGUCCACAAUAGCAAUACUGCUCUACCGACGUUUUUGUUUUUUUCGAGCUCAUUCGCCUUGCUCUUGCCCGCUUUUCUUUUCACCCAACGCUGAUGAUGUAAUUAUCUAUACGCUGAGCUUUUUUAUUUUUUCUGUGUAUGUGUAAGUGUAUGAUCGUCUCGCUGAUGCACCGCCUGUAAAGGCACGUGUGGACAAAAAAGUGCAUGUGCUAAAGGUGUUGCUGCGCAGUCCAUAUCCAUAAUGAUAUCAGUUCUUCAAUUUUUAUUAUCGCGUGGAAGUUGUUCCUUCACUCGACAAGAGUGACUCAUUCGUUUCAGUUAGGAACUACACUCAAACGCGCUCAUCCGUUCGUUCCCAGAAUUAUCUGCCGGUACGUGCACGCCUCUGAAGAAGAAGUGGAAGGACGACCACGAAGGAUGUAUAUA